AAAAGUUUCACAAUAAAAAUUUGCCGAGUAAUCAAAUUGAUAUUUAAAGUUAGAUAUUCACAUUUAUUGCUUGUAAAACUAUUAAAAAAGUGAAUUUGGUCAAAUUUGGAACAAUUAAUCAACAAAAGUACAAAGAAAGUAAAGUCUAAUUGCUGAAAAUUUAAUCGGUUUAAAGCUUCUUUUAGUCAAAAUGAGCUCUGUACAACCAAAAGAUCUGAACCUGGGUACAAAUUUAAUGGAUUUAAACGAUGACUGCUUGCUCCAUCUUUUACGUUUUUUUGGAUUGCUCGAAUUAAUUGACCUUCGUGGAAUUUGUCCACGUUUGGAUUUUUUGAUAUUAGAAAUUACCAAAAAGUUUACAUCUGUCAGUCUUAAAACUUUAGGAGUUGAUACGAUGGAAAAAUUCUUGAAACUUGUCCAAUUCUUAGGUCCAUCAGUUAAAUCUCUUGCCUUGGAUAACUUACGUUGCGGUUUCAAUAAAACUCGAGUUUUUGAAUGGAUUGACAAGUAUUUAGUAAAUUUGGAAAGCUUGAGUAACCAAGGCCUUGCGUUUUACGAUAGCGAAGUUAUUGAAAAAUUCACUCCAAUCGUAAAACGUUUGAAAUCUUUGUCAUUAGGAAGCUUUUAUGCAUAUGUAUGUCGAGAUGCAAUGGCGAAAUGCUUUCGAAACACGAAACUUGAGGAAUUGGAGGUUAUCAUGAGCAAACAUAUCACCGUAAAUUUCUUCCAAUAUGUCAUGAAUUUGAAGUCCUUAACCUUAUCAUCUUGUCAAAAUUUAACAUGGGAAAACUACAAGCAAAUUUUGAAGAAGAAUUGGGGACUAAAACAACUUACCAUCAAAGUAAAUUGUUCUGAAUACCAAAUGAUGACUUUAAAUGAGAGCCACUUUUUGGUUCAUUUCAUUGCGAAAAAUAUGCAUGAAAUUGAAGAUCUUACCUUAGAUUUUUUCUGUCCUAACGUUUACAUCCUUGGCGAUCUACCAAAAUUGAAAAAAUUGAAACUUAACGAAUUCAAAUCUGACCAAUGUCAUGCCGAUAAAAGCGUAAUGUUGCGCGAUAUCAACAGAUUAUUGGACAAACUCAGCCAAAAGAACAUCGUUGAAGAGCUCGACAUAUCCAGUUAUGAUCUUUUGGUUGAUAUGAAGUGUCUCCGCAAAAUGACCAAUCUAAAGAAACUAACAUUGUAUGGAGGCGAAUAUCUCAAAGAAAUCCUUACUUUGAUAGAGCCCUUGGAUAAACUCGAAGAACUUAAGAUCGAAUUUGGAUCGUUAGAUCUCAACUUUCUAAAUAAAUUGGUUCAAAUUUUGAAAGCAUCAGAAGAACGUCCUAAGCUUCAAGUUCAAGCUUAUGAGUUCGUAGACGAAAAAUCUCUACUUGAAAAGUUGCUGGAAGACAAUAAAGAUGUCAUUGAGGUUCGAUUUUUCUAUCCAGGCGUUGAUGAUUAUGAAAGUGAUGAUUUUGAAGAAGAUGAAUUUACGCAAUUUCUUAAUUCUUUAUAAUGUUCAUCUUGUUUGAAAAUUUGUGCCUUGAAAUUUACAGCAAGUUAAGAAAUUUGAAGUAAGCCUAUAACAAAAAUUAAUUGAAAAAUUAAGAAAAUGAAAUAAAUAUUAAUUUACAUUUUGAUUUUUCU